AUGCCAGGCAGGGAACAUAGCUCAUGGGGUUAUCAUGGUGAUGGAAAUAUGUUUUUUAACACAUUUGGCCAACCAUAUGGACCAGAAUUUAUGACCGGUGAUACUAUCGGAUGUAGUUUAAACAUUAGAAAUAAUACG